AUGCAAACAGGGGAAGAACCUCUGAAUCCAGGCAAAGAAAGAACAUUAUCCUUGAAACAUCUGGCAUAUUUUGAGAAUCAGAUUUUGCUCCUGUUCCAUCCUAUGGCUCUGUUGCAAUCCACCUGUCCCCUUAUAAAAGCAACAUCUCUGGUAGUGUUCAAGAGCCCUUUGACUGCAUCAUGUCUGCUGGGCACAGGAGCAGACUUUGAGCAAUACGGAACCAACGGAGCAGGGAAGCAAAGUGGCAGCACCCAGUUAGCCAGGAAAAACCAAUGUGUGUCUGGUGUCACUGUGCAACUGGAAAUGAGGAGCCUUUGGGAGGAGUUCAACAGCCUUGGCACCGAGAUGAUUGUCACCAAGGCAGGACGGAGGAUGUUUCCCACCUUCCAGGUGAAGAUAUCAGGCAUGGACCCAUUGGCGGACUAUGUGCUUCUAAUGGAUUUUGUCCCUUUGGAUGACAAGAGAUAUCGGUAUGCAUUUCACAGUUCUGCUUGGCUGGUAGCUGGCAAGGCAGAUCCUGCUACACCCGGCCGGGUUCACUUCCAUCCUGACUCCCCUGCCAAAGGAGGCCAGUGGAUGAGGCAAAUUGUCUCUUUUGACAAGCUCAAGCUCACCAACAACUUGAUGGAUGACAACGGUCAUAUCAUUCUGAACUCCAUGCACAGAUAUCAGCCCCGUUUCCAUGUGGUGGUGGUGGACCCGCGUCCAGACAGUGAGCGCUAUGCCCAGGAGAAUUUCAAAUCUUUCAUCUUUACAGAGACGCAAUUUAUGGCAGUGACCGCCUAUCAGAACCAUCGGAUCACCCAGCUGAAAAUUGCUAGUAACCCUUUUGCUAAAGGUUUCCGGGAGUGUGAGCCAGAUGACUGGUAA